AUGUCUGCCGUCGACUCAAAGCCUCAAGAGGCUCAGGAGAAGCACGAUGCCGAGUCCGCGAUAAAGAGAAACCCUCACGGCGACUUUAGCAAAGUGCAGGCAUCCCGACCCGACUGGGACGAGUCUAGGCACUGGCAUUACACCAAGACCCGAAAUCCCCAUUGGACGUAUGGUUCAGGAGCGACAGACAAGUCGGGGUCAUCGAAGCCGCAUGUUUCGAUAGAUCCCUACGCCGAGGGACGGCAACCGGUGCUGAACUACAAAUUGCUCAUCUCUGGCAUCGUUCCUCGACCGAUUGGGUUUUUAUCCACUCGGUCAAAGGAUGGGUCGUCGACCAACCUGGCACCUUUCAGCUACACGCAAGUCUUCAACCACGAUCCUCCUAUCUUCGGGGUGGGCUUCAGCGGUGGUUUUGAUAACGCCAAAGACACUCUGAAGAACUUGACAGAGACUGGGGAAUGUGUCAUCAAUAUAAUUUCCGACCACUUCAUCGAGGCAGCAAACGCCUGUGCCAUUGACCUUCCUUACGGUCAGUCAGAGUGGGCUGUCUCGGGGCUAACGCCUGCUGAAACCAAGGUCGUGGCCGCUUCCCGGGUCAAGGAGGCCGUCUUUAGCGUCGAGGGCAAGUUAAUGAGCACGCAAGAAUUCGAAUCCAGAGCAACACCGGGCAAAAAGACUGGUGUUCUAGCACUCAUAGAAGGCGUCCAUUUUUGGGUACGCGAAGAUGCCAUCAACGAAGAUCGGAGCUUGAUUGAUCCGGGAGUGUUGAGUCCCGUUUGUAGACUGGGAGGCAUCACUUACGCGAGGGUCCUGGAUGGCUUUGAGAUCCCCAGACCCGUGCUGAGAAAAGAGCAAAAGGAGGGAAAGAUCCCGGACGACUUGCUCAAGCCCAAGAUAGAAACGCAAUGA